AUGAUGUUAACAAUACCUUCUGGAAAUGAUCAGAAGAUUAUCUUCAUCCUCGCUUACACAUCCAGAGAUCCGAUUAAUGACAGUCUUGAACUUUGUGGUUUAACCAAUAUUUAUGUCAUUUUAGAUGCACCAUACAAUCAAGGUUGGAAGAGAAAUCAACAAACAGCAUUGAUUUCCUAUUCUUCUAAUAAAAAAUUUGGUCCUGUGUUGCUGUGUUGGUAUCGAUAUUAUGCAGUUUGUCUUUUCACUUGUGUAGAACGAUGGACUUUAAAAGCUGCUGAAAAGGGUGAUACAACUGCUCAAUUUAAUGUUGGAGCAUUUUUUGAGGAGGGGAAAGGCGUUCAACAAGACUAUGUUAAAGCAUUUGAAUGGUAUUUAAAAGCUGCUGAAAAGGGUGAUACAGAUGCACAGUUUGUGAUUGGAUGUAUUUAUAGAAAAGGUGCAGGAGUUGAGCAAGACGAUGUUAAAGCAUUUGAAUGGUAUUUAAGAGCUGCUGAAAAGGGUUAUGCAAGAGCUCAAUUAAAUAUUGGCGUUUGCUUUGAUGAUGGUAUAGGAGUAGAACAAGACGAUGUUAAAGCAUUUGAGUGGUAUUUCAAAGCUGCUGAAAAAGGGUGCAAGGAUGGUCAAUUUAAUCUUGGUUGUUGUUACAAAAAAGGAGAGGGUGUUGAAAUGGAUUUGAAAUUAGCACUAUAUUGGCUGUCAAAAGUAGUGAAUGAUUUUGAAUUUAUUGAACCAUAUGAUGAAUUUGGAAUUGAACCAUUCAAGACUUGCGAUGUCAAUAAUUUGACAACAAAUGAAAAUGAAAUACCACUAAUAGAGCAAGUUAUCAUUCGAUUUGAAGAGAAAGACUUUACCAUUUCAAAUAAUUUUUCGAGUUCCAAAUAUUUAUCAACAAUGAUGAAUUCUCAUUGGAGAAAUUUCAAUCAAAAGUAUGAAAAUCAAACCAUUCUUGAUUUGAGAUCAAUUGAAAACGAUAUAUUUCAAGAAGAAACAAAUCAUAUUCAAUAA